AUGAACAGAAUUAAAGAGCAAAAGGAGAAGAAACGGGGGAGGGAGACAAAUGAAACGGAAAAUGGCAGGAAAGGGAAGGAUGAGCAUGACGAGGACGUAUCGGUUGAGAAGAAUACUGAAGCGAGAAACGGUAGCAAAAGAAAAAGCACGGAGAAGAAAGUAAACGAGAUGAAAAGGAAGAGGGAAAGCGGGCACAACACUGAAAAAGAAAAUACGUCAUCAAAAAAUGGAAGACGUGCGAUAAAGCAUGAAAUGAUGAUCGGUGAUGCAAACCAUACGGAGAGCAACCCUGACACAGAAGACAGUGAUAAGCACAACGGAAAUGAGGCGAUGAUCAGCACCGUUCGUGUAACGCACGGUGCAUUAACACAGGCGGUGUACACCAAGAACGUACGAUUUUUGAUCAAUUUUACGUAUUUGGAUGAGCAGUCCAAAAUAGGGGAAUUGACCGAUCUGUCCAGGCAGUGCAAGGUUGAUUUACUGCUUUUUCUUUUUAGCACGGUGAAGAAAGGCAUUGUUGUGGAACUGCUCGAUCUUGUCGUUCUAUUGCUGCGCAGCAGCAGGGAAUUGCUGUACGACAGGACAUACAAGGGUGUGGUACAGGACGUGGUGAAGUACCUCAAGGAGUACUCCUUGGAGUACAACAAGGUUGUUUAUUUGAAAGGUAGGUUGAGCUGUUUGAGGAGGGACAGGAGGGGAAAGGAAAGGGCAAUGGUAGAGCAGAAUGAGAAUGAACUGGGGUGAUAGAAAAGCGGUGCACAUUUGAUAAAGAACGUGGUAGAAUGCUUUUUGUUUUGGAUCGGCUUACUCAGAUGAAGUUGAUGAUCUUUUACGGUUUAUGUUUAUUCUUUUCGGUCUGUGUUCCGUUGCUUUCAUGUUUUGCGCAUUUACCACACAUCGUUAUUCUCCCUCCACUUUUGUUCAUCAUACCUUCCCACGCCGUUUCUGUCCUUUCAAACAGUUUCGCUAAUUAAACACUUCUGAUCAUGAAAUGUUUCACACAAAAGGCCUUU